AUGAAUGAGGAAAUCAAACGUUCAUUGAUGUAGAGCAAAUUACAGCUUUUAAUAAUUUAGGAAAUCCGAUGGUUUUAUUUAGAUUUGGUAGAUUGAAUCAUAUCUUAUCAGGCAUAAAAAAUAUACAGAUCAAUCCAUUUAGCAAACGGGUGUCAUCAGCAAUGAGUGCUGCACAUAUCAAAAGAACUCUUGAUGACAAGACAAUUGUCAAAUCUGCGGGAGAUGAUCGACUAUACCGGGCACUGGAACUUAACAAUGGAAUGAGGAUACUUCUCAUUAGUGAUAAACAAACAGACAAGUCAUCAGCUGCUAUGGAUGUUUAUGUUGGACAUAUGAAAGAUCCGAAAGACAUACCAGGCCUUGCACAUUUCUGUGAGCAUAUGCUCUUUCUUGGAACAAAAAAGUAUCCUGAAGAGAAUGAAUACACCAAGUAUCUCAACGAGCAUGCUGGAAGUUCCAAUGCAUUUACAUCAAAUGAACAUACCAAUUACUAUUUUGAUAUAGCACCAGAACAUCUUAGUGGCGCCCUAGACAGAUUUUCUCAGUUCUUCCACGAGCCUUUAUUCACACCGUCUGCUACAGAAAGGGAGAUAAAUGCUGUUAACUCCGAAAAUGACAAAAAUCUACAAAAUGACUCGUGGAGAUUACAUCAGCUGGAAAAAUCUCUGGCAAAACCUACACAUGACUUUCACAAGUUUGGAACAGGAAACAAGUACACGUUAGAGACAAGGUCAAAGGAGCUAGGGUACGAUGUAAGGGAUGAAUUACUCAAGUUUCAUGAUAAACUGUACUCAUCAAAUAUUAUGGGACUGACUGUACUAGGGAAAGAGUCACUAGAGGAACUUACAGAGAUGGUUGUGCCACAUUUCCAUGGGGUGGAAAAUAAGAAAGUGACUAUCCCUCAUUGGGAGGAGCACCCAUUUGGCCCCACCCAGCUACAGAAUAUGUGCUAUGUAACACCAGUGAAGGACAUUAGAAACCUGUCAGUGUCAUGGUCUAUACCGGAUCUCCAGCCAUACUAUAAAACUAAUCCAGGUCAUUAUCUUGGUCAUUUGAUUGGUCAUGAAGGGAAAGGAAGUUUGUUGUCAGAACUGAAACUCAGGGGUUGGGUGAAUACAUUGGUAGGAGGGCAACAGCAGGGAGCCAAUGGUUUUAUGUUCUUUAUUGUAAAUGUGGAUCUCACUGCCGAUGGUUUAGAGCAUGUUGAUGAUAUAAUUACAUUGAUAUACCAGUAUUUACACAUGUUAAAGAAAGAGGGGCCACAAGAAUGGAUCUUCAAGGAAUGUGCUGAUUUAAGUGCCAUGCAUUUCCGGUUCAAGGACAAAGAAAGACCCAGAGGUUACACUUCAGCUUUGUCCGGUAUCUUACAUGAUGUUCCAUUAGAAGAGUGUUUAAGUUUUCAUUAUAUGAUGACUGAAUACAAGCCUGAAUUAGUGGACAUGUUACUGGAAAAACUGAUCCCAACUAAUAUGAGAAUCUCAGUGAUUGCUAAGAAGUAUGCGGGACAGACAGACAAAAAGGAAGAAUGGUAUGGUACAGAAUACAAGCUGGAGCCUAUACCACAAGAGAAACUCAAGAUGUGGGAAACCUGUGGUUUCCAUGAAAACCUAAGUUUACCAGCUGUAAAUGAGUUUAUACCAACAAACUUUGACCUUGUUGCCAGGGAGACAGAGCAAAACUGUGUUCCAGCAAUGUUGAAGGACACAGCAAUGACGAGGUUAUGGUUCAAACAGGAUGACAAAUUUCAUCUGCCAAAAGCAUAUGCUAGCUUUGAGUUAACCAGUCCUUUGGUGUAUAUAGACCCGUUACAUACAAACAUGUCAGUGUUGUUUGUUCAGCUGUUCCAGGAUUCAUUGAACGAAUAUGCUUAUGAUGCAGAACUGGCAGGCCUCAAGUACAGCCUGAGUAGCACCACAUAUGGAAUAUCUCUAUCAGUGAAAGGUUACAAUGAUAAACUUGAUGUUCUGUUGAGAAAAAUACUUGAGAAAAUGGUGUCCUUCAAGAUUGACCCAAAACGGUUUGAAAUUCUGAAGGAAUUGUAUGGUCGAGGCCUGAAGAACUUUGUUGCUGAGCAACCUCACCAACAUGCUGUAUAUUUUACCUCAGUUGUCAUGUCAGAAUUACUGUGGACUCAGGUUGAGCUUCUGAACAGUCUAGAAGAGGUGACAUUAGAGAAGCUUACAUCAUUUCUACCACAGCUGUUUUCAAAGAUGCAUAUAGAAGGAUUGGUGUAUGGAAAUGUAACCAAACAGAAAUCAAUAGAGAUGACAGAUCUGGUUGAGCAUAUACUCAGGGAGCAUGUGUCAACAAAAGAGUUGUUAACGAGUCAACGGAGACGUCUCAGAGAGAUUCAACUUCCUGAUGGUUGUUAUUACGUGUAUCAAGAGACAAACAAAGUACACAAGAGUUCUAGUAUAGAGAUAUAUUAUCAAUGCGGUCAACAAGCAACACAUACCAAUAUGCUGCUUGAAUUGUUUGUCCAAAUUAUCAGCGAACCAUGCUUCAAUAUAUUACGUACAAAGGAACAAUUAGGUUACAUUGUGUUCAGCGGUAUACGAAGACAGAGUGGUGUACAAGGUUUGAGGGUUAUUGUACAGUCUGACAGGACACCAGAGUAUGUGGAAGGCAGGAUAGAGGCAUUCCUACACAGUAUGGAGGAGACGUUCAAUGAAAUGAGCGAAACUGAGUUCCAGAAACAUAUAUCUGCAUUGUCUACAAAACGACUUGAGAAACCGAAGAAGAUGUCAGCACAAGCGUCCAGAUAUUGGUCGGAGAUUGUAUCCGAACAGUACAACUUUGACAGAGAUAAUGUAGAGGUAGCCUAUCUAAAGGGUGUAACAAAGGAUGACCUCAUUAGAUUUUAUAAAGACUAUAUUGCAUAUAAUGCACCAAAACGACACAAGUUAUCUGUCCAUAUAUUGUCUGCUGCACCAAAAGAAGAAAAUGGUGCCGGUGACCAGGUGGAAACUGUUAAUGUUGAACUUCAGGGACCAGAUAUACAGCUUCCUAAACCAAUCAUUGUGGAGGAUGUAAAUGCAUUCAAAAGGGACAUGGCAUUGUACCCACUCGCCAAACCAUUCAUAGACCUGCAGACAGCUAGAUCUAAACUGUGAUAUUGAAAUAAAUCUUUAGCUUAAUCUACUAAAAUUUUGCUUCUGAAAAAUUUAACAAUUCUUCCAAAAUAUUGUCCCUUACAAUUUAAAAAAAAAAAAAAAAAGAAAUUAAAAA